AAAAAUCGAACCGAAGAGAAAGAUAUGGCCUGAAAUCACCAUAUCCAUCUAUUCGUUCCUCUCUCUCUCUCUCUGUUCUUCAUUUUUCUCUUUUGUUUCCAUUGUUGUGUUCCCGUCGAUUCAGAGCAUCAUGGCCAUGGCUACAAGGGUGCUGGCUCAAUCUACUCCGCCAUCUCUAGCUUGCUACCAGAGGAAUAUACCAUCUCGCGAAUCUGGAAGGUCAAGAAGGUCGUCACCAAGGAUGAUGUCUAGCCAGGUGCUGUCACCUGGGUUGAGAAUACAAGGGUUCCUGGGCUUACGUGGACAGAACGUGCUGGAUACUCUCGGAAGAUCACACCAAGAUUUCCAUUCUAAGAUUCGGCUUGCAAUGACUUCCGGAAGAGGAAAGCCCACCCGUUCCACGCCAACAGCCAUGUUUGAAAGGUUUACUGAAAAAGCUAUCAAAGUUAUUAUGCUCGCCCAAGAGGAAGCUAGAAGGCUGGGCCACAAUUUUGUGGGAACUGAACAAAUCCUUCUGGGUCUCAUUGGUGAGGGUACUGGAAUUGCUGCUAAAGUUCUGAAAUCCAUGGGGAUCAACCUGAAAGACGCAAGGGUGGAGGUAGAGAAGAUUAUCGGUAGGGGCAGUGGAUUCGUUGCUGUUGAAAUCCCCUUUACUCCUCGUGCAAAACGUGUUCUUGAACUAUCCCUAGAAGAGGCCCGUCAACUUGGCCAUAAUUACAUCGGAUCUGAGCACCUUCUUCUUGGGUUGCUACGUGAGGGUGAAGGUGUGGCAGCUCGUGUACUUGAGAACUUAGGUGCGGAUCCUAGUAAUAUUCGCACGCAGGUUAUACGCAUGGUUGGUGAGAACAAUGAGGUCACAGCUAAUGUUGGGGGAGGAAGCAGUGGCAAUAAGAUGCCGACACUUGAAGAGUAUGGAACGAACUUGACGAAACUAGCGGAGGAGGGUAAAUUGGACCCAGUUGUCGGAAGGCAGCAACAGAUAGAACGCGUCGUACAAAUCCUUGGCAGGAGAACCAAGAACAACCCAUGUCUUAUCGGAGAACCUGGUGUCGGAAAAACAGCCAUUGCCGAAGGACUUGCUCAGCGCAUUUCGAGUGGGGAUGUUCCCGAAACCAUUGAGGGGAAGAAGGUUAUCACCCUCGACAUGGGUCUUCUUGUUGCUGGAACCAAAUACCGUGGAGAAUUUGAAGAGAGGUUGAAAAAAUUGAUGGAGGAGAUCAAACAGAGCGAUGAGAUAAUCUUAUUCAUCGAUGAAGUUCACACCUUGAUCGGAGCUGGAGCAGCAGAAGGUGCAAUCGAUGCUGCUAACAUUCUAAAGCCAGCUCUUGCUAGAGGUGAAUUACAGUGUAUCGGGGCAACAACAUUAGACGAAUACAGGAAGCAUAUUGAGAAAGACCCUGCCUUGGAAAGAAGAUUCCAGCCAGUGAAAGUGCCUGAACCGUCCGUCGACGAAACUAUUCAGAUCCUAAAAGGGCUACGAGAGCGAUACGAGAUCCAUCACAAGCUUCGUUACACUGACGAGGCUUUAGUGGCAGCUGCACAAUUGUCCUACCAAUACAUCAGCGAUCGUUUCCUUCCCGACAAGGCCAUCGACUUGAUCGAUGAAGCUGGUUCUCGGGUUCGACUCCGUCAUGCACAGGUUCCCGAGGAAGCAAAAGAGCUCGAGAAGGAGCUCAGGCAGAUCACUAAGGAGAAAAACGAAGCCGUUCGCGGUCAGGACUUUGAGAAGGCUGGGACGCUUCGUGAUCGGGAAAUCGAAUUAAGAGCCGAGGUAUCUGCUAUCCAAGCCAAAGGCAAGGAGAUGAGCAAAGCUGAGAGCGAAACGGGAGAUGGAGGUCCCCUCGUGACGGAAUCGGACAUUCAACAUAUCGUGUCUUCGUGGACAGGUAUUCCCGUGGAGAAAGUUUCGACCGACGAGUCUGAUCGGUUGCUCAAGAUGGAAGAGACACUCCAUAAACGUGUCGUCGGGCAAGACGAAGCUGUAAAAGCCAUCAGCCGAGCCAUAAGGCGUGCCCGUGUUGGACUCAAGAACCCUAAUCGCCCGAUAGCCAGCUUCAUCUUCUCGGGUCCCACUGGUGUCGGGAAAUCGGAACUUGCGAAAGCUUUGGCCGCAUACUACUUUGGAUCCGAAGAAGCCAUGAUCCGUCUUGACAUGAGCGAGUUCAUGGAGAGACACACCGUCUCGAAACUCAUUGGGUCACCGCCCGGAUAUGUCGGAUACACGGAGGGCGGGCAGUUGACCGAAGCUGUCAGACGCCGUCCCUACACAGUCGUGCUGUUCGAUGAGAUCGAGAAAGCUCAUCCGGACGUCUUCAACAUGAUGCUUCAAAUCCUCGAAGACGGGAGACUAACAGACAGCAAGGGAAGAACGGUGGAUUUCAAGAACACGCUCCUGAUCAUGACAUCGAACGUCGGGAGCAGCGUGAUCGAGAAAGGAGGAAGAAGGAUCGGGUUCGACCUCGAGAGCGAUGAGAAAGACAGCAGCUACAACCGAAUAAAGAGCCUGGUGACGGAGGAACUGAAACAGUACUUCAGACCGGAGUUCCUGAACAGGCUGGACGAGAUGAUCGUGUUCAGACAACUGACGAAGAUGGAGGUGAAGGAGAUCGGGGACAUAAUGCUGAGGGAAGUGUUCGAGAGAUUGAAGAAGAAGGAGAUCGAGCUGCAAGUGACGGAGCGGUUCAGGGAGAGGGUGGUGGAAGAAGGGUAUAACCCUAGCUAUGGAGCCAGGCCGUUGCGGAGAGCGAUCAUGCGGCUUCUCGAAGACAGCAUGGCCGAGAAGAUGCUCUCCGGUGAGAUCAAGGAGGGUGACUCCGUUAUAGUUGACGUUGACUCCGACGGCAAUGUGACGGUGCUUAACGGAAGCAGUGGAGCUCCUCCCAAGGCUUUGGAGGAAGAAGACCCACUCCCCGUUGUGUAAUGCUUCUUAUAUUAUGUAUUAUGUGUACGAGAUAAACUUUUAAAAAAAAAAAUCAACUAUUUUAUUUA